AAAGCGAAACACCGGGACGCUCGACCAUACAGGGACAUUUUCUGGGUUGUUCUGCUGCUUGUUUUUUCUUCUUUUUUUUUCUUUUUGACAUUUUUCUGCUAAAGCGCUGGAGUUUUACUAACACCAUGAAGGAAAGGAGAAAUACACAGCCGCUGGUGGUGAGAUGUAAACUGGUUCUUGUGGGAGACGUUCAAUGCGGAAAAACGGCGAUGUUGCAAGUCCUGGCGAAGGACUGUUAUCCAGAGACCUACGUGCCCACGGUGUUUGAAAACUACACAGCCUGUCUGGAGCUGGAGGAGCAGCGAGUGGAGCUCAGUCUGUGGGACACUUCAGGUUCUCCAUACUAUGAUAAUGUGAGGCCCCUGUGCUACAGUGAUUCAGAUGCGGUCUUGCUGUGUUUUGACAUCAGCCGCCCAGACACUGUGGACAGCAGUCUGAAGAAGUGGAAAACUGAGAUCCUGGACUUCUGUCCAAGCACACGCAUCCUGCUCAUUGGCUGUAAGACCGACCUGCGCACAGAUGUCUGCACGCUGAUGGAGCUGUCCAAUCAGAAACAGACUCCAAUCACCUAUGAACAGGGUUCUGCGAUGGCCAAGCAGCUGGGUGCAGAGGCUUACCUGGAGUGCUCAGCGUUCACUUCGGAGAAAAGCAUCCACAGCGUGUUCCGCACUGCAGCGAUGGCCUGCAUCAACAAGUUGCAGCCUCUGCCGAAGCCCAGCCCCACCCGCCGUCUCUCUAAAAGACUUCUCCACCUGCCCAGCAAGUCGGAUUUGCUCUCCACCACCUUCAAGAAGGAGAAGACCAAGAGCUGCUCGGUCAUGUGAGUGGAGACCUCUUGGGUUACAGUCUUCACAUGCGACCCCCAGCCCCUGCCUCUUUGGUCUCGGGGAAGGGGGGGUGGGCACGAUGGUUUUAUCAGGGCUUCCUGCUGAAUCCUUCCCUCACCCCCCCAGAAACCAAACAUCCCUCAGAAGAGGUGGACACCUCGCUGUCCACUUGCUCCUGAACCUUUUAGCGCACAUCCAUCUUUUUCCACUACUGUUUAUCUUGCUUUCCAACAAACAAUAUCAGUCAAGGUUUGAUCAUCGAGCUAUCAUUUUUUCACCUGUAAACAGUAUGCAACUACAAUGGUGUUACAUCUGUCUGAUUUUACUAUCUCUAGGCACAUGUUGAUUUUGUCCAAAUUGGAAAUGUGCAACGUGUGACGUUUAAUCUUGUGAUGUAAAUGCCUCUCAGACAAACUCAAUGGAUAUUUUUCUAAGUACAAAAAUAAAUCCAGCAUGAAACCGUCAGGAAUUAGCAAAAUCCUGUACAUCCCUCUUAGUAAGGUGUGUGAGGUGUGAAAUAGCUUGUCGUUGGUGUCCCCAUUUAGGCCUGUGAAAGCACAGAGAUGUAGAGUAAGCAGUGGGACAAACCGCAGUAAGAGCUAUUACAUAGAGAGGUGUUCUCAUUGUCUCAGUGGUGAUGAGAGCAGGGAUAUGAGCUGUUGUGCAGACAGCAGUCUAGACUGUAUCAACCUGCAUGGAUUGUUGAUGCAUGGUUGUGUAGCUCUGGACAGCCCUGCUCCACAGGCUUUCAGUGGACUAAGUGCAGGAGGCAGAAGAGGCUCUGUGUGUGCAAAAUGACCGUGAAAAUGAGGACACACACACAUAAAAAAAUAAAUAAAUAAAGGGAAGUUUAGUUGGGCUUCCGCUGUCGCUGCUGUCACAGUCUGUUUUAAUGUACUAUUUCGGUGAUGGGGCAGACACAUUUUAAUAGAUGAGAAAAGAUGCUUUUAUUGUGACCAGGAGCAUAAACAAUAACGCAGAGCCGCUGAGUAUUAUUUAUGAGACUGUGGCUGGUUAUUGAUGCCAGUCAUAGUGUUAUGAGGCAUAUUUAAAAGCAUAGGAUAACGUCUACCUAAGGCAGGCCGACUUCUAAUGGGGAACUCUGGUUUGAAGUUUCAAAUAUUCCUUGGAAAAGAUUUGUAGCAUUGCAAUGUUGACAGUUUUUCAACAAUUCUCAAAUGGUAUUAUGCAGUUUUGAAAAAUGCCUUUCAUAUCAUGUUCCCAGUCGUCAUGGAGAUUUUUUGACUACUGUAAUAUGCCUGUGGAUUUCUCUCAUUUGCAUCAAUCCAAUGUAGCACUACCGACCUGACUCUACUCUUCCAAGAUUUUGUGUUGCACACUCUUGUUAAUCUAUCGACCUCCAAUAAGCAGCACUUAACUGUAGGUUACAAUGACUACGGAGCAAAAAUUUGACCGUUUUUCUGAGCUUAAAUCUUUGGCUUCAUGGUUAUGUGUGUGUGCAGCAUCGAUCUCUGUGCUUCUAACCAUAAAGCAAUAAUGAUUUAAGUGCUUGUGAUGCAAGGUAACCUGUGUGGCAAUAAAGACGCAGCUUUGUGAUUACUGUUGUGCUGUAGCGCUCCAUGGACAUCCAAGUUAUGGACUGAAACCAUCUCUGCUGUACAAAGAGGCUGCUGAUCUGUGUUUGCCCCUCCUCCACCGGUAUAUAAAAUAACCAAUGAUGAUGUCGAGCUAUGAAAUAGAUCAGAAAAUGCGAAUAAGAGGGAAGGAUGCUCUUUGAGCUGAACUUUGCUGUCAAUUUCACAUAAUCUUAAUAAAAAGUAUUGAGGCAGUAGACUUGAAUAAUAAAUUGCUUGAGUGAGCCGUGUAUACUUUUAACAUUGGGAAUCUGCUUGGAAACCUUCAAAAGUCUAACAAUCAUCUUGUAAAAAGGGCUAGUGUGUGGAAAAAAGGGAAAUAAUGUGGGACUAAGGAGAACAAGUAAUCAAAAUGCACAGGCUGGCCCUGUCCAAAGAAAGAUAUUUUUCCAUUGUUUUUCUUUUUUGGUUGAUGUGUAUUAAGUUUUUGUCUAGUUUUUUGGUAUUUAAUAGCAUGAUGUGAGUCCCAGUGUCGUUUUGGAAAUAUCUCUCUGAGAUGGUUAAUGUGGACUGCCCCUGGUAGUCGGAGGAACUUAAAGUGUUGAUUUGCACAAAGGCUUCCAGUUCAUGGUCACACACCAAAUUCCUCAGUAUUGCCUAGCAACAAUUCAGCGUAGGAAACAGAGACUGGCUCUUGGGUUGGUUGUGCGGACAGAGAGGGUUGGCUCACGAGCAGACAUCCCCACAUCCAUUAUUACAGCGUCAGUUACGCAUUUAUUGCCAGGCUUGUUCAGAAAAAUACUUUGUGAUAUUGUUUUUUUUUUUCGGGUUAGGGAGCUAAUGCCAGGCCUUCUGAAGAUGGGAUAGAUGGGCGGCUCACGGACCAUGUCAGUUAAUAUGCAGCCUUUGUGUUGUAGUCAGUGUGUGGUACAAUGGUGCAGUCAAUCUCCUAAGCAUGUCCUAUUAAAGUUGUAUGAUUGUACAUACCGUCUCUUGUUUUAUAAUUAUUGUUAGGCAUCUUGAAGGAUGCCACAUGAAAAUAUUGUUGAUGUGAAUAUUUAUUUAGUAGCUAUUUUUGCCUUUUUUUGUACAUUUACAUUUGUUUAAAAUCUAUUUUGGGAAUUGAUUUUUUUUUUUUCUCUUUUUGUUUUUUGUUUUUUGCUGUGUUAAAUAAAGCUUGCCCUG